GGCUUGGAAAUCAGUCUGAGUAGGAAAUCCGCUGGCUUCUGUAGCAUCCGGUUGCUCCAAAUUCUGCUCUGUUUGACAGUCAAUCACCUCCUUUUCCUGAACGGGCUCAAGACGAAAUUACAAUUAAAACUGUUCAAGGAAGCUGUUCAAGAGAUCACCCAAAACAGGAGUAUUUUCAUCGUCAUGAUACUAAGUGCUCUCCUGUUCAAAGCGAUUCUUGUUGCUGUCCUAGGCUUUCUGGAUAAUUGGCACGCAGAUGCGUGUUCAGUUCCUAACAUUCGUGAAAAGGAAGGAAACGAGAUAAAAGUCAUCGAGGUGACCAGCGGAGAGGAUGUUAAACUCACUUGCCAGAUCAGAACCGUUGGUCAGACCUCAAAACCAAGGUAUUACUGGCUCAAAGACAAUCAGACGCUCAGUCCAUCGAGUCAUCAACGUCUGAGGUUAAAACUCUACAGAUACCUAAAGAUAAAAAGAGCCAAGAAAGAGGACGCCGGCUUCUACACCUGUGUCGCAAUAAAUGACUGUGGCAAGAACCCUUUUACAAUGCACCUAUUUGUCGGAAGUCCAACACUGAAUCCCAACAAAAUUACAGUAGGAGCUGCUCCAAGAUUUACGGUAUCGCAAAAUAAGAUGAGGCGCAACCUUCUUCAAGUACCCGUUGGAAACUCUGUAAAGCUGGACUGUUCUGCUGACGGAAACCCUCGUCCUACCGUGAAAUGGUACAAAGACGGAAACUUGUUUAAAGAAAGGAGAAGUGGCCACAAACUGUCUUUGAGUCCAUGGACAACCUGGUUGAGUCUGAAGGACUUGGUUCCCUCUGACACUGGGUCAUACAUGUGUAAUGUGAGCAACUCAUACGGAUGGAUUAAUCAUACAUACAAAGUAGACGUUCAUGAACGAGCUCGUGCUGAACCAGUCGUUCUACCCAUGGAAAAUGUCACAGUUUAUCGAGGAGAGAAUGCCAGCUUAACAUGCAAAGCAUUAAGUGAUUCCAUGCCUCAUUUCCAGUGGCUAAGGUGGUUUCCUACAAGUUUCAACAGUUCGACAAACGGUCCAAUUGAAAGUCCUCACUACGAAAUCGUGAAUAAAGAAGAUGCAGACCAACAUGUAAUUAUACCAUCAAGUGGUGGCAAAAAGUUUGAUUUCCACGGAGUGAAGUUGACUUUGUUAAAUGUCACAAAGAGGGACGAAGGAAAAUACACCUGCAUUGUGGGAAAUGCUGUUGGUUACGCAGUCGAACAUGCUUACAUCAUUGUCCAAAACAUUGAUAAAGCAAAACCAAAUGAAGCUCAGCGAACUGAAAGCACCACAGAUGGUUCUACUGUUAACCUGACAUCCAUCAGUUCUGAAAGUGAAGCAGUUACGCAGACGUCAAUGGGUUGGACUGAUAGAAUAAGGUACCCGGCGGCUGUAAUCGCAGUUUCAGUGGGCGUGGUCGUUAUGUUGAUCAUAGCUUCCGGUCUCUGUUAUUGGCAGGUGAAGAAAGGCCGAGCGAGCUCGUCCGCAACGAUGAAAAGCCGACACAACAUCGAUUCACUUCAAGCGAAGCACGUAGUCCAGUCAAAUGAGUACGUAAUAGUGCCAGACCUAAAAGGACUCGGGAAUGAUUUUGGCACUAAGUGAUUGUAGAUAAAAAGCCACAUAAAAGAGAAACUCAAAAGUAAAGUCAAAAG